AUGUCACAAACAGCCUGGCACGUGAAGGUAUGUGUUGUGCAAUUGUGUAAAAGCAAACCUCAUAUCACGCGAACCAUGUGAUGCGAUUCAUCAAGCUGCUACAUAAAUUUGCUUUUUCAAGCCGCUUAAGAUUUUAAGCCUAACAAGCCUGCCUUUUAAGUCUAACAAACCUGUCUUUUUGAGCCAAAUAAGCCCGCUUUUUUAAGCCUUACUUUUGCUAAAUGUAAGCAUUAAAGAUAACCAUUUUCAGGCCAUAUUUCCGCUCUACCGUUCCCUCCGUGCCGAGCCUUAAGAAUGUCAGGCUUCGAGUCUUAAGAAAUUAAGGUCCAUUUUUAAGGUUAACACGAGGCUUAAAACGGUUAAGGUUAGGCUAUUAAAAUUUGGUGGAGGUUAGGUUAAAAAAUCAGACCAAAAUUAGGUUAUUGUCAGGUCAGACAUUUUCGUACGGGACCAUAUACCAAAAACGUCAAAACCAACAUCAGACGUGCGUUUAUCAGCCUUCUUGAAAGAUCCUUAUAGUGGGUCACAAACUGAGGAAAAUUUUCAACAGGAACACCAUAAAGCUCAGCUACAGCUGCAUGCCCAAUGUCAAGCAAAUAAUAGAUGGCCACAACAAAGCCAUCCUGAAGAUAGCAGAAACAGCUCAACCACAGAAAGACGGAGGGAAAACGUGUAGCUGUAGGAAAAAAGACGACUGCCCACUGAAAGGAGAGUUAAGUCGUGUACCAAGCCACGAUAACAACCUGACACAAAAAAGAGACAUACAUCAGUCUCACAGCUACUCAGUUCAAGGUAAGAAACAGAAACCAUCUAACUUCAUUUAGACAUGAACAGAGAAGGAAUGAGACUGAGCUGAGUAAGCACCUGUAAGAAUUCGAUAUCACAAGGAAAAUACUCGCCAAAGCAAAACCUUACACCAACCUUACAAAACGCUGCAAUCUAUGUACCACAAAGAAGUUCUUUUUAAUCUGUAGGCCCCCAUAGCAACACUGAACAAGCGCAACGAACUUGUCUCAACAUGUAGGCAUUGACGCAAGUUUCUCCUUAGGGAAAAUUGAACAUGUCAAAGCCAAAGAUUUUAGCACGAGCAUUUAGUGUGACUUACAUUUCGUGUAAGAGUUGUAGGUGAUUAACAGCACAUGCGCACUUUUCAUUCUAAUUUUUUUUAAAAUUUAAAUUUCAAGUGUUAUAUGUAACCGUUUUCAUCACCGCAUCAUAUUGUUGAUGAAAGCCCUAACACUUCAGUGUUGUAAUGGAGUUUAACUGAUGAGUGGGUCAACUUUUCGGUGGCCUACAAAACAAGUUUUGUACUAAACACCCAUGCAUUCAUGAUUUGAGUACUUCACCUACUGGUCUGUAUAUAUGUAUCUAUACAGACUGGUUGUAGUGUAGCUGCCUGGGCCAACGAGAUGUCUUUUUUCACUCAUAUAUAUUCACUUUUAUAUAUACAGGUGUUUGCAAAAAAUGUAAAAAACACCCCCAGAAAAACAUAAAUAUAAAUUUAUAUUGGCGUGACCUGUUAAUUUGCUAUGGCGAAAUUUACCCAUUGCAAGUGUUGUUUUAUUCUGACAUUAGCAUGCAUGCCUAACAAUGCAACUAAAAGGCAAGUGUGAAUUUCGUCUGUUCUGUAGACUUCUUCUUUUGUACUGUGCUAAAUAACAUAAUUACACACAAAUAGAUUCUCAGCCAUCCACAUACCACUUUGAACACAGUCCUUAGGGAAGUACGUAAAUGUCAUUACAAUAAUAAUUGUUAAUAAUUAACACAGUAAAUCUACAGCUACAAUCACAGCAGUUUCUGGGCCGCAGCGAUUAAGACCCUGUGAACUUUUUGCCUGGGUCUUUUUUUCCUCUCCCGCUAUUGUGUGAACUUCUUUGAUUUACGUAACCUGUGAGUUUUACAGGUUCUUACUUACACCAACAACAAACUGUUGUUUUACUCAAGUUGUUAUGAAUAUUGGUAUUCAGCACAGGAUUAGUUGAACAAGUAAUUACAUCAGUAAUCAAUGGGAUUUUUUCUUCACCUUUUGUGUCACAACAUAAUAAAUAUACUCUUCUAUGGAAAAAAAAUAUGCAGGGGGAGCCGAUCGAAGAAGUUAGAGAGUUUUCUGUCCAUCUCCGUGUUUUGGACGAAAAAAACGAUGUCCAAAUUUAUUCAUUUUGAGCUUACAAUUCAUGUUUCCUGCUCAGAACACAAACUUUCAACUGGGCUACUUUGUAGAAAGCCGAAGAAACAAGAAGUUUCGCAUUGUUGACCGAUGCACUCUGCAGUCUUUGUAUGAUACCCAGGUGAGUGGAAAAUUAAGUUUAUGGGUUGACCAACACAUCCAAAUGCUUCUGGAAAUUAAAGUGAAAAGGGACGAAAGACAGGAAACAAUAAAAAGAAAAGAGGCAUAAGUGUUGCACCGCAGUCUUCCUGACAAUUAGCCAGUGCCUGUUUCUUUUGUACAUCAAGGUCAUUAAAUCUGCCCCUCUCUUGUAAUAGGCUGGUCCAUGUCAAGUGAGGAUGAACAAAAUGACAGGGAUAAUCCACAACAGCGUGCUAAAAAAUCGUUGGUUGAAAGAAAGCUAGUCGAACUACAAAGAAAACAUGCGGGACGAUGGCCCGAAUAUAAACUUUGUGCGUGGGCAAAUAUACCGGUAACAAAUUUCAACCAUUCAUGGCUAAUUUUUUCCAAACACUACAGCUUAAUAAAGCGUUUUAAAACAACAAAAAUGUUUUUAACAUUUAACAGGUCGUUGGCUCGCAUCAUUCUGAAGACACUCCACCAAACGUGCCCUACUUAAGAGAGAGGGAAUCUUUGCAGCCCAAAGAAAAGGCCGGGGCAUCCAUUGCUGAGAGUGUGGCAGCAGCAGAUACUGCAACUAGAUAUGGCUUUGCGAUGAUCAUUCUUCACUUUCAUCUACAACCGCAGUUCAAAAAUGAAUUAUUUCAUAUACUUCACAUUAUGGCUGCUAUAGUAACUUCAAAGCAAGAGCAACUAAGCACUACAAACAACGUCACUUUUUUCACUUGCAAGAAUUUUAGUGAAAACUCGUACCCUUCCUCUAAAACAACUGUUGAAAACUAGAUCAGUUUUCAAAUGGUCUCUUUCAUUCUUUGCGUUUAUUUUUCAGAUUGAGAAAAAGGAGUCAGCUCAUAAAGCACCUUAAGGAUUUGAAGAUGUUGCUGGAUGAUAACGUGUUGACCGAGGAAGAAUACAAAGCACAAAAGGUGCAAAUUUUAAACGAAAUGCAAAAUUGA